AAGCUCCUUCAAGAUCGACUUGUCUUUUAAACAAGCUUAAACAUGUUUCCAAGCUCGUUAAAUAUUCAACUCAAGAUUGGAAAACUAAUCUCUCGGCUUUCUCACCAACCCUAACUGUCGUAGUAGAUUGUGUGUGUCUGAGCAUGCCCAAUCUCCAACCCUUAUUCUUGUAUUUUUUUUAUAAGUCAAACUCAAAGAUUAGGGAAAUGUUGCUCUUGAUGUUUCCUGUGCUUUAUUUCUGUUGCAAUUGUGGGUUAAUGGGAUGUUACAGCAGGAGAUGUGAUACACGGCUACUCCUUAUUAUUCAUUUAUUUAUGCCAGGUCAUGUUAUGGGGAUAACAUCUAGGGUGGCCUGAUUCUUUGAUUCGGUUGUUAGCACCAUGAGGAAAAAGGGUAGUUCAAGAAUAACCGGGUCAAAAAAGAAAAUGCCUGACUCGACUUCAGACAUAAUUAGUCAUCUUCCAGGCAAUGUACUUGAUAAAAUCUUAAUGUGUUUGCCGAUACAAGAUGCAGUGAGGACAAGUCUUUUGUCACGGGAAUGGAGAUAUGUGUGGGUGAAGCUUCCUCAACUGGUAUUUGAUGAGAUGUUCUACAGAGAUUUGAAAGAAACGAUGCAUGCUAAACUUUUGAUGAUUAUUUAUAAAGUUAUGUUUCUUCACCGUGGACCAAUAAUCAAGUUUGCACUCUCGUUAGAUGGACUGGAAAGCUGUUCUGAGAUCGACCAGUGGAUACUUUAUGUUUCAAACAAUGAUAUCCAGGACUUCACCCUUCGCAUUUGGAACGGGGAACUUUAUAAGUUGCCAUCAUCGCUAUAUACGUGUUCGCUACUCAAGCAUUUGAGUCUCCGUUCUUGUAUGCUUAAACCUCCUCCUGGAUUUGAAGGGUUUACCAGGCUCCUUUCUCUCAAUCUUGAUGAAGUUGUAAUUGCUGAUGACGUACUGUCAAGUCUGAUCUCCAGUUGCCCAUUACUCGAACAGCUGACACUUAAUAACUCCACCAGUUUAAAUUCCGUUGAAGUAAUUGGUCCUAAUCUUAAAUCUGUAUGUUGUUUUAGCCAUAUAAGAUCUAUUUGUUUCACAAAUACUUCUCAUCUCGCAAACGUCUCACUAUAUUUGAAAGGAGCGAAAGAUGGAGAAGAAAUAUCUAGCUCUGUCGUGCUUCUUGACAGUAUACCUGUCAUUGAGUUUCUGGAAUUGGACUUCCGUUAUGUUAAGGGCAUAGCUGCAUGUGGUGUACCAACGAGGCUUCCAACUACUUUGAACAACCUUAAAAAGAUUGUGUUAUAUGAUAUUUGUUUUGAUGAACGAGAUGAGGUCUCCGUUCUUAUUUGCUUAAUUAGAAGUUCCCCGAACUUGGAAAAAAUUACUAUUCACGCAUUUCACGAUAUGACUUCUGCUAUUAGUGUUGCUCUAGAUUUUUCGGAAGUGCAUUGCUGUUCAGAUGUCUCUUUGAAUCAACUUCGCAAAGCGGAUAUGAAAAUUUUUUCGGGUACAAAGCCUGAAUUGGAGUUUAUUAAGCUUUUGCUAGCCAAAUCACUGAUGCUGGAGACAAUGCUUAUUGAGCUGAAAGCACAGAAUGUUGCUGAUGAGUUAAGGAUUCUAGAAGAGUUGACAAGAUUUGACGUGCAUCACCUCAAGCAGAAAUGAUACUCGUACGUCAAGCUGUACAUUGAAGUCUAACAGACACAUUUUGUCCUUUUUGACCAGGUCUGGUUCAAGUGCUUAAUUUUUUGUGAUCUUUUUUUUUUUUUUUUUUUUCUGCUUGGUCCAAAAUUGUGAGACAGGAAGAUGUGUGUGCUUAUUUUGUGAGGCACAAUUAGUUACUUUGACUUUUAGCUAACGUCUUCUUUCAGUAAUUCUUAGGAACAGAUAAACAUUUCUAGAGUACAUAUUUACUCCACAUCGGUAAACUAAUUCAUGUUUUCCUCUCAUUUUUAAUCCUAUCUAGAGGAAGAGAUAAGAUAGUUGAUGCGUUGGGGGCUAGAGGGAGAGCCAGAGAGUUUGUCAUUGUUUUUGUUAUAUACAGCAACAUCUUUGUUUGGGUAAUUUAAGUACUCAUAUGCUUCUAAUGACUUAAAUCUAUUGAAUUUGAGUGUUGGACUCUUAACAGAUUGAUUCGGGCUCAAUCUGAGGGAGCUUCAAAUCCAUUGGAUGAGAUCUGUAUGUCUUUGUCCUAUCAUAUCACUUCUUGGCACCCUGAUCACAAUCUUUGGUUCGUAAGAAACUGUUUUUCGUUUGCCUCUCUUUCAUGAGAUUCAGUUGGACCCUUCUGAAAAUGUCUUCAGAUUCCGCUUUUAAUUGCAUGGUCCAUGCGGUUACAAAUCCCGUGAAAACUGGCGCUGUUAUCGUACUCCUCACUUAUUGUGUGAAGGAGAAUAUUUCAACAACAGAGCCUUACAUAUAUGCAUCUUUCCGACCACUACAGAUUCGAGAGCUUGCAUCAUUUCCUGGAGGCAUAUAUGCAUCAUGUCUUUCGCAACUAAUUGGCUAGGUUUCUUCUUUUCUGCUUGUUUCUGUGGCUUUCCUUCGUAGCUUGUGUUGCUUAGUUUUGAUGUUGCUUGGGAUGUGUAUGGCUUCGUUUCUUCUCAAUGAAAAGUUAAGUACCGAAACUAUAAAAUAAAAAUAUAGCCAAUAUUUCAGAUACAUAAUCGAUAAUACGAAGGCUAAGAAGUUAAAUGGCUAUGGGAGAAAGCAGCGAUUGUUGUGGUAUGCGAUUACCUUGGAUCUUUUAAACCACUUAGAGCUUGAAUUCAUUAUUUUUUAAAUUUGUUCAUGCCGAAUUAUGCGCACAUAUUCCCAUGUGGAGGUAAAAUACGAAUGACUUCUAGGUCCAAGCAGACAAGGUAAAUGGGACGUACACAUCUCCAUGUAAUAAAAGAUAAGCCGUUUUUCAGGUAGAUGAUCUUUUAUGGGCAUCUGUUCUAUGCUAAGUUCCAAGUCUAGGGGAGAAUUGUAAAGGAACUGGAAAGUUACUGAGAGGAAGUUUGUAUUGUUUUUGUUUCUCAGCCGAGGAUCUUCGAUGCUGCCUCAUCUCCCACAUUCAUGAACAGAUCUGAGUGGCGCUCAUGGCUUGGUGUUUUUUUGCUGCUGAAGCUAGAAUUCAGACUGUCGAUGGGGUCCUUCAUCCUCCUUGAGCUUGCGUCCCAGAGUUGUUGUCGUUGUUGUUUCUUUCAUUUGGUUUGUGUGGAUUCUCGUUUUUAGCAUGUUUGGUUCUAUCUUGUUUUUUGGAACUCUUGAAAUGUGGAUAUGCUUGUUUCUCCUGUAUAUAUAUGUCAUCUUUCUUGUUUAAUGAAUCUGUUUCCUUUGCCCAAAUCCAAAGGAAAAUUCGAACUUUUUUGCUUCUUCAAAUU